AGCAAAAGUUUACUUUUGGGAGUAAAACUAACUUCAAGCGGCCGUACUAUAUUUCAUUCUGUCAGUUAUAUCCCGGUAGGCGAUCGCAAAUACUUACUUUAUACGACUUCCGUCGGUGUUGGGAAAGCAUCGACUCAAAUGUCGGGAAUGUGAGCGGAUGGAGGGAAGAUUGCAUGGAGUCAGUUAGCUUUGGAUGCUAGCUAGCUAGCUAGCUAGCCUGCAAGCAGGCAGCGCUUUUUCCUCGCUGGGCCAGCCUCUCAUUCCUGUCCAAAUACUCAACGCCACAAUGGCCAGGCUCCAGUCCCCCUGGUAGACUCUGAGGAGUAUUCACGCUUUGGAUUUCGGAAAUUGGUACUGAAAACACAAAGUAAAGCGUAUGGAAGGCAACGGCGAGUUCAGUGACACCGACAGCGGCAUCAUCCUUCACUCUGGCUCAGACAGCCCAACAUCACACACGAAGGAUGUCGGCACGCACACACGAGCCAUGAAGCUCAAACACCAGGCGCUCCAAGACCAAUUAGACCUGUGCCUUCUGGAGCUCAAGAAACUCUGCAUUCGAGAAGCUGAGCUGACGGGCCGGCUGUCAGGAGAUUAUCCUCUGCUGCCAGGAGAGAAGCCGCCGCACAUCCGCAGGCGCAUCGGAGCUGCGUUCAAGCUCGAUGAGCAAAGCAUCCCCCGGGCAGCUGAGGAGUCGGCUCUAAAUAUCGUCGAUGCCGAGUUAGCUCUUCAGUUUAAAAUCUACGAGGCGGCACGAAAGCUUUGCGAGGAGAGACACCUGAGCAAGGCCGUUAGGAAGAGUCGAUUGGAGCAGUGCAAGCGAGAGGAGAAGAAACUCAAACAACUGCAAGAGACUGCCUUCCGACUGCGGCUGGAGCACGGUGAAUCGUCACCACUUCCUGCUUUUAACAUCACGCCACAAGAUCUCGCUGCAUCCGAUGACAGCUCUUUGUCUGAUUCUGUGGUUCAAGAUGAAGAAGUGGCGAGCGAGUCUUCACAGCCGUCCUCCGGACUUUUAUAUUCAGGAGAUACGGCGGACUCUCCACAGACACUCUGUGUGUCCACAGACGCCUCCUACCUGUCACCCAGCGUGGGUCCGCAGACCCUGCCGCUCACACCGAGCCAGUCACCCCACCCCAGCCUGGACUCUUCUUCUAUGAGUUUUACCUCAAGUCCUGCCUCAUAUGACCCGCCUCCUAUUCAGCACUCCCCUUGGUCUGAGUCUAGCCUGGACCAGCCAUACCAGAAGAGCAAGAAGUCACGUUCCUCCGGCAAGGCCAGUCCAGCCAAGAGCGAAUUGUUACCGCCGUUGGAGGCUUGUUUGGCACAUUCAGCUCUACCACAGCAGCUCUCCCAUUUGAAACUGAGCCGAACGCAGUCCAAUAGUUUGCCCUCCACUCCGGAGAUGCGUCUUCACAGGCAGCUGUCCCUCAGGAUAUCCAAUGAAUCUUCCCUGGUAUCAGAAAAGGAGCGUGGUCGCACCAGAGGUCCAAGACGGCGACUCAUAGAUUACAGCAAAACAUCAGCGGAAGCUUCUCCACUCGUGUUCAAUCGUGUCAACAACGCCGGUUCCGAGGACAGCAACUCUGAACACUCAUUUGCAUCGUACAGCAGCUCCCCCAGUCAAGAACUACCUUGCAAUUUACCCAGACACUAUCGGGCCGCCUCCCCGCUAUGUCCUCCAUUCAGCAGCUACGGACCUCAAGCCACCGCGCAUGCUGGCUUCUACCACAGUCCCAGGCAUCAGCCCCACCAAGGAUACUACAACGAGGACGUGAUAUACCCUCCGUAUGUCGACAUGCCUUGGACUUAUCGCAACCAGCAGGCUCCCUGUCUGUCCAACAGAUACGAGUACCGCUACAAAGAAGCUCCGCAGAGGCUGGUGGCUCCUGAUAGCAGACAUUCACCCUCCUCGUCCCCGCAAUGGGAUCAUCCGCAGUACGGCUCAAACGGCCUCCCGCGACAAGUGGUGAGCGAACAGCUGAAAUCGUGGCACCGACGCAGUCAGCUCAAAGGACCCAGGUCACGGUCCCUUGACAGACAGGGAGCGGUCAGGAUCAAACACAUGGUGGCUCGGGAGUCACCCAGAAACCAGAAUCAAAGGUACCAUGAGCAGGUCAUCCAAAGAAGAACCGCGGAUGACGCUCAAGAACGAUGGCUGGUAGACAAUGGCACUCACUACGUAAGUGAAGUGUGAAUCGACGCUUCUUCAAAGAGUUGAACACAAUUAAAUGCCAACAGUUCACUUUGAGGUGGCACGGUGGGCGAGUGUUUAGCAUGCAGACCUCACAGCUAGGAGACCAGGGUUCGAUUCCACCCUCAGCCAUCUCAUUUUCUACCGCUUAUACUCACAGCUAUCCCAGCUGUCUUCAGGCGAGAGGCGGGGUACACCCUGGACUGGUGGCCAGCCAAUCACAGGGCACAUAUAGACAAACAACCAUUCACACUCACAUUCAUACCUAUGGACAAUUUGGAGUCGCUAAUUAACCUAGCAUGUUUUUGGAAUGCACAGACUUCACAGCUAGGAGACCAGGGUUCGAGUCCACGCUCUGCCAUCUCAUUUUCUACCGCUUAUCACCCUCACAAGGGUCGUGGGGGUGCUGGAGCCUAUCCCAGCUGUCUUCAGGCGAGAGGCGGGGUACACCCUGGACUGGUGGUCAGCCAAUCACAGGGCACAUAUAGACAAACAACCAUUCACACUCACAUUCAUACCUAUGGACAAUUUGGAGUCGCUAAUUAACCUAGCAUGUUUUUGGAAUGCACAGACUUCACAGCUAGGAGACCAGGGUUCGAUUCCACCCUCGGCCAUCUCUGUGUGGAGUUUGCAUGUUGUCCCCUGUGCAUGCGUGGGUUUUCUGGGAUUUUUAACUAGUUGUAUGAAGACUAUCAACCACUAUUGUAAGAUACUGUAAAUGAGUCAUGUAGAAGACGUAUAUAUUUUUGUGUAUGCUGGUUCGACUCUGUGCCUUCAAGAGGUUGCUCAUUCCAGUUUUGCCACUUAAGAUUUGUCUUGUUUACCUGCUUUUUUUUUUUUUUUUUUUUAAACUAGCUUCCGUGUCAGUGGAUGUUAAUUACAGGUGUACUCACGACUUAAAGAGUAGAGAAACAAUGCUAUGUUAACAUAGAGUACAUGAGAUUCUCAGUAGCAUCACAUGAGAAAAAGACUUGAAGCUUGGCAGCUAAUGUACAUGAAAUAUGCGAGAGUGCAGAUCACAACAGACCAAAGUUUGGUUUGUGGCAAAAAAUUACAAUCGUAGUAAACGUCAUCUACAAAGUAGUAAGUGAUCCCCACUCAACUACACGCACUCGCAGUCUCUCACUGUGAUUGUAUUUAUCUGUGAUUUAAUUUAUUGUGACUUGUGACUAUCAAAUCAACUAUCAAGUCAGACUUGAAAUUUGUGAAGAUAAAAGAGUGAAAGCCUGGUCCGGUUGACUGUUAUAUAGAAAGGUAACAAUCAUCUUUCCUUGUGUGCAUUUUUACUGUCUUUUUUUUUAUUUAAACAUUUUUAGGUUUAAAAAAAAAAAAAAAGAGAUCCUGUUGUAAUAUUGUUGCAUUCAUGACAAUGUUUUCCUGUGGAAUAAAAGAUUUUACUAUUGAUGA